ACGGAAGUAGCUGAAUUGUUGAAAAGUCAAAAGUUGUUUUUGUAUUUAAUAUAUUUUUUAGAAACAUUCGUACUGUUUCGCUUUUUAAUAUGUCCCAGUUUAGUCAUUUCCAUUUAAAUAAAUAAAUUAAUUUAGCUAAAAUAAAAUAUAAAUUAAUUUUAAUUUUAAUUGUAAGUUGUAUUUAUAUUAAUAUGUUCUGACUAAAUAAUUGUAUUUAUUUUAUUAGAAAAGUACAGGCGCUACAAGUAAAUUAUUUUCGAAGAUUUCAGAAUACACACAUGGUUUUAUUUUUAUAAUAUUGAAAAAGUCUUUACUCUACAGAGUGAAUAUAAUAUAAAUAUUAUGCAAUAUCGUCAUGGACAUGGAUUUUAGAGGAUCUGAUUAAAACAUUGACUCUGUUCAUUGGAUACUGAAACUGAGAGUUUAGUGGGUUUUAUGGCAACCAAAAUGGCUGCCAAAAAGUUAACUCGAGAAAAUGAGAUUGAAGUAAGUCAUCAACUUCUCUUGUUAUUGUUUUUAAUUAUCAAAAUAAUCCAUGGAUUUGAUUUAAACAGUGUCUGUUCAAAACUGAAAGAAGGCCCCUAUGUGUUAAUUAGCUUAUGAAACCCAUUCUCAUUUGUUUUUUUAUCAGUGUAGCUGUUGGUUUUUUGGCUAAAUCUGAGAACAGUGCCCCAUCGUCCUCAAAAUUAACCCCUUUUUUUUAUUACUAAAAAAACUACAGAGUUAAGUCAAGUCUAACUAAGUCAACUUAACUUAAGGCAUUAAAGUGUAACACUUACCUUUAACAGUAAUAAAUAUAUAAUAUUAUAUAGGCUUGGGCCUUAUACUUAUAAUAACUAAAAUCAUUACUGUUGAGGCUUUUUUUUUUUUUUUUGCGACCUUUUAUUUCAAUUACUCCCACUUAGCAGGCUUAAUGUAACAGUUCUUAUACCUAGCUAGGCCCACCUGUAGAUUUUUGGCUAAUUUCAAUUUUAAUGGGCCUUAUACUUAUAAUAACUAAAAUCAUUACUGUUGAGGCUUUUUUUUUUUUUUUUGCGACCUUUUAUUUCAAUUACUCCCACUUAGCAGGCUUAAUGUAACAGUGCUUAUACCUAGCUAGGCCCACUUGUAGAUUUAUGGCUAAUUUCAAUUUUAGCCUUGUAGUAUGUCCUGUGGUGUUCUAUUUCUAACCCGUGCCGUGGCUCCUGGUCCUAAAAUACCCAUGCCCCGGGAUCCUUGGGGAAAAAUUCUACAAACUGACAUUAAACAAACAAAAUCAAAAGAUUAUAAUUAUAAAUUUUAUUUAUUUCAAUCUAAAUUUGUCUAUUAGUAGUCCAUAAGUAUUAUAAACAAUUUCACGAGGAGAAAAUUGUCUUAGAAAUGGUCUAAAAUAGCUUAGUAAAAGGUCAUUUAUAGGACCCUGAUUUUUCAAAAAAGUCAAAAGCCUUGGACUAGAGGUAGGCCUUGGAACUUGGCUUGGACUAGGGGUAGGCCUUGGCUUGGACUAUGGGUAGACCUUGUGUUGUUUUAUUUUAUUCCCAAAGUACACAUUGAUAGCACUAGAAGUUGAAUCAAUCAAUUGUCACUAUCAUUGCCCGUUUGCUUUAUUUCAGCCCUUUUUCAAAACACAAUAGUAAUCAUUUGAAUUAUUUACAUUAUCAUAAAACUACUCUGGCUUGGGUCCUUUAGAAUAGCAAUUUGCUUAUUUUCGUCAAAUCUAUACAUCGAAAAACAGCACUAAAACUUAACAAAAACAAUUCAUGGGCGUGGCUAUUACUGUGACCUUUUGCAAGUCACAUGAUAAACCCUGAACUCAGUAUUUACAACACAUUUUAUAUACGGACUGCCGAUUUAUGGUAGGGCAUGGGAGACCGAUAUAUCGGUCUGGUGGGGUAUGGAUUUUUAAGGUGCAGACCGAUAAAGUGGGAUCGCAGGGUCAAAGGGCUAAUUGCUAAGGUUGGUGUCCUCAAGUCAGCCCAAUGGGCAGUAGUCACAGUGUGGUAACUCAUGGUGUCACUCUCCUCAAGUUUCCCCAUGGCCAUGGACUUCUGAGUCAGCCUGCUCUGGUGUGACCUUGUGUUCUGAUGGCACCCUAUUCUCAGGUUUCUGUUAUUUUUUACUUGAGAUGGUGGCACCCUGGAUUGCAACCUGACCUGGUUACACCCUGCUGUUAAGGGCUGUGAUGUCACCGAUGACAAUCUGUUCUGGUGGCACCAUGUUCUGUUUGCAACCUGAUUUGGUGGCAUCCUGCUCUUGACUUGUCUUUUAACUCAGUUUAACUGAGUCUGUUUUGAAACCUGGUUGAAUUAAUUGUCAAAUUUUCCAUUUGAUGUCACCCCCACCCCACCCCAUUAGGGUGCACCCUUACACACCCCUGUUCAUGCUUUUCCCUAAGCCUGCAUAGUUAAGCUUGGCCUUACUAUUAUUAUUAAUAAGUAGUAAGUGUUAACUAAGUUAGCACUAAGUUAACUAAGUACUAAUAACUAUAGACCUAUCACCUUAAUUAAGUUUAAAGGAAAAAAUGGUAAAAUUUUAUUUUAUAAUAUUUUUUUAGUUUAAAAUUAUUACAGAUGAACAGCCAUAUUUAGCAGACUAGUAUAUUCUAUUAUUAAAAAAAUUUAAGUGCAUUCUCCACUAAAUUGUUGAAAGUUUUUGAUGAAAUACAAGGGGCAACUAUUUGGUUUUCUUUUGUCCAUUUCUACCAGAGAGGCAUUGCGGGAGGUACGUUUGGGAAUCUGCAGUAAGGCGUAAGACCUUCUAAAGCCUUAUGAUGUGAAUUUUAGGGUGUUCUAACACAUGAUCUAGCUCUGGCUGAAACAGAAGUGCCUUCUAUUGUAGGCUUGCAAUUAAUUGACGUGCAUUCAGACCAGGUGGCUGAAACAAUUAAUUUACUUAGCGCCAUAUACUGGCUUUUUGGUAUACAACCAUCAUCAUCAUCAUGUCCCUUAGUCCUUGGACUGUUGGGGCACCACAGAUGACAUAUAAACUUUCCUCCUCCAUUCGUCUCUGUCUUCUGCACUUCACAAAGAAUCGCCUAGUUUUAGUCCCGUCCACUCUUUGAUGUUAUCUUCCCAUUUUUUUCGCUGUCUUCCUCUUCUUCUCCCUCCUCUCGUGCCCUGCAUGAUUUCUUUGGCGAGCCCUUUUUUCCUUGUCACAUUGCCAUACCAUUCCAGUUUGAGCUUUUUCACUGUCACCAGGAGGUCAUAGUACUGCCCAAUUGCCUGACGAAUCCUUUCUUUCACAUGAUCAUUGGAGAUGUGGUCUCUAUACCAGAUGCCAAGAAUGCCUCUGAAACAUCUCAUCUCCAUCACCUUUAUUUUCAUUUCAAGUUCUGCUGAUAAUGUCCAGGACUAGCAGGCAUUCAAGAAAAAUGAGAGGACUAACCAACCAUGUCCUUUUCAUUAGUUUUUUAAAUUUAUAGAAUUAUUCAUACUUCCAAUUUUAAUACAGUUAUGAUUUUUGUUUCCAGGACUUCCAAGAUGCUCUGGAUGGACUACCAUCAUCAAGGUAAUUUCAUACAUUAAAUGUUGUUAUUUGUUAAAUACAUAUUAUGGGAGCCAGAAUGAUCAAUAAAUUGAUCGUUGGGCCCUUAAUAAAUAGAAGAAGGGAAUAUUUUUUUUACAGUUAUUCAUAAAUCCCAGUAUUGAGAUUUUAAAAAUUAAAUUGCCUUGAUAUUUUUUCUCAUUUUCAAAAUAUGUUUAAUGUAUUCAUGUAUUGCUUCAACCUUGCAUCCAUUCUGCUCUUUAUACAUUCUGGACCAGCCGUAACCAUUUAUUAACUUUUUUUUCAAUGGUAAUUUUUUUAAUUUAAUUUGUUAUACCAAAAAUUUCCUUGUUUUUUCUCCUAGCACUGGACGUCUGGAUCUCGAAACAAGCAUUCGGGAAUCAGAUCUUGCUCUGAAUCUUUUUUUCAACAAUAAGUUUACUCUGGCAAAAGAACACAUGCAACCAUGGUGAGUUAAUUUAACGCAAUAAAAAUUUUCUUCAUAUUUUUUCUCCCAUUUUCUUUGAUAUUUUAUUUAAUUUAUUUAAAGCAACCUUUUUUAAGCUAUUAAGAUUUUAUGUCAAUUUUUUACCUGUAAAAUUCACAGUGUAAUCUUAGUUAUUAAAUAUUUACAUUUCCUCUAAAUUAUUGAUUAAUUUUCUUCAGGGCUGAUAGGAGCAUGUACCAUGCCUUGGGGUAUGGAACUAUCCUCUACAUUCAAGCUGUUAUGACCUUUGAUAUGGUGAGUGCAUUUACAACAUUGUAAGUAGGCAUGAUACUCUCAGCUACUACUUAUUAAACAUUGCCACUGGGUUUGUUCAUUAUUUACACAUUAUUAUAAAUGUAUUUUCCCUGCUCUUGCAAAUUCUGCUAUCUGAAAAUAUUGAAAAUCACAUUCAAAACAUUAUCAAUGAAAUAAUUAAAUGCCUUUUUUUUAUAUCCAACCUGACUGCUCCUUAUUUAUCCUUUUUAAUUCCCUCGUUGAUUUUGUUUUAAAGAUUCAUCAUGCUUCCUUAUAUAAUUAAUCUAGGCUGAUAUAGAAAUUGCAAUAGAAGCUAUAAAGAAAUCAGUGAUUGUGUGCAACAAAUUCCGCAAGAAGUCAUCAAUCAUGAGUUCAUUGACCAAGUUUGCCAUGAAAGUAGACUAUAAUGAUUUCAGUGAAGGUAAUUAUCAUAAAACCUUUGUGGAGUAAUGGUCUCUUUUUUAAAUAAAAAAAAGUUAAUAAUAAAUUUCAUUGUUAUUUUAAUUUUUUUUUUUUUGUUAAAAUCUGAUUGUAAAGAUUUUUUUUUAAAACCAACUUUGUUGUUUUACCUUUUGUUCUUUUAACAGAGGAGAUUCACGCCGAACUAUGCUAUGCUGAAUGUCUUUUAAUACGAGCUUUCCUCACAUUUAUUCAAGAUGAGAAUCUUAUCAGCUUUGUUAAGGGUGGACUCAAAAUAAGGGAGUGCUAUAAAAUAUACAAGUAAGUUACUGUUUUAGAAAUUUUUGCGUGCAUUUAUAUGGUUUUGAAAAUUUAAUCUGUUUUAAUAUUUGAAGACCUCAAGGGAAAAAACGGCAGAGUCCAUUUUUAAUUUUUUUGAGUUAUCACCCCUGACUUAUAGCCAGUUAAAAAUAGAAGGUGCUGAAUUAAUUUUAAAGGAGAAAAAAUGGCUAAGUCCAUAAGAAAAAUGGAAACGAAAAAUCCGUUUACAAUGGAAAAAGAAGCAUAGUCCAAUGUUUACAAUGGAAAAGGGGGCUAAGUCACUAAUAUCACGUGACAUUUGAAGUCACGUGAUUUAAAGGUCCAAUGAGAGAUAGCUAUAGUGUAAACAAAAUUUAAAGAUGGCGACCGAUUCGCUCAGCUGACCGACAAACCGACGAAAAAGUUAACUGACAGACCUGAAUUUUUUUAAUUUCCUACCACAAGAAAACAAAACAAAUUAACAUAAGCACGAUAAAUUGGACUUAAAACAUUAACAAAAAUAAAAUUUGUAUUUUUAAAUCGCAUUUUACCCUUGUUUUGUUAUGUUCAGUUAAUUAAUGUGUGUAUCCGUCUCGUCUCUUUCGCUGUCGCUCUAGUCAAGUCUAGUCUAUCACUGUUUGUUGCAUGUCUGUGUCUCUCCCUGUCAGUCUAUCUCAGUUAGUUUGUAUAUCUCUCUCCCUUUCGCUCUAACUCUGUGUCUGACUCCCCCUGAACUCUUUAUCUUCGAGUGUCUGUCUUGCUAUCUCGGUCUGUUACUCUUUACUGACUUUACUCUUAAACUUAAGUUCAUACAAUUACAGCUACUGCUAGAUGAAAAAAAAACUAAUAUUGGGCCAAAAUUGUAAGAAGCACAUCAGAAACUCAGAAAGUAUGAUUUUAAAUCUGAUUUUCAGGUUAAAUUCUAAAUAAUAUAUUUUUUAAUGAUAGUUAUAGGCAUGAUCCAUAUUCUUAUUUUAAUAGUUUAAACAUAAAUAAUUUCCAUAAGGCAGGGGUCAUUCGUAAAUUACAUCACGUUAAAAAUAAACUUUUUAGACACCCCCUCCCCUUGUCACGAAAUGUCACAAAUUCUCCCCCCCCCCCUUGUCACAUCACCUAAAAAAAUUCAAAACAUACAUAAAAUUUUCAUAACUAAACUAAGAUAUUAUUUUAUUCUUCAACAUUUUUGCAUAAUGCAGCAGUUCUAAACCUGUGGGUGGCGACCCCUUUAUGGGUCGAAUGACUCCUUUAAAGGUGUCACAUAAGACAAUCGGCAAAUGCAUAUCCUCUACAGUUAUGAAGUACUAACGAAAAUAGUUUUAUGGUUGAGGGUCGCCACAACAUAUUAAAAAUAAACUUUUUAGACCCCCCCUCCCCUUGUUACCAAAUGUCACAGAUUCUCCCCCCCCCCCCCUUUGUAACAUCACAUAAAAAAAUUCAAAACAUACAUAAAAUUUUCAUAACUAAACUAAGAUAUUAUUUUAUUCUUCAACAUUUGCCCAUAAUGCAGCAGUUCUAAACCUGUGGGUGGCGACCCCUUUAUGGGUCAAAUGACUCCUUUAAAGGUGUCACAUAAGACAAUCGGCAAAUGCAUAUCCUCUACAGUUAUGAAGUACUAACGAAAAUAGUUUUAUGGUCGAGGGUCGCCACAACAUGAGGAACUGCAUUCAAGGGUCGCGGCAUUAAGAAGGUUGAGAACCACUGCCAUAAUGAUAACAUGCAGUAUUACUAGAAAACGAGUUUCUUGGUACCAUACUAUAAUACCUGAGGCAAAGUUGACCUCAAAUUAAAGUUUUAAAAAUCAAUUAAAUUAUGAUUUUUUUAAAGAAUUAGAAACUUUUAGAGAUGAAAAAAAAGUGACGUCACAAUUUUUUACCCCCCCCCCCCUUCCCCCUCCCAAAAAGAUUCUCAACCCACCCGCUCUAAGCGUGACGUAGAAACGGUCACUGGGGAUUUACACUUUUAAAUGAAUAAAAAUAGUUUUAAAUAGAUAUUUAUCAAUGAUCAAACCUUGAUAAAUUACUACAAGGGAAAAAACGGCAGAGUCCAUUUUGACCCCACUCUCUACUCUAAUGAAAUAAAUCAUGUUACAUUCAAGUUUGAAUUAAUUUAUCUAUUUAAUAACUCAGGGAAAUGGACACUCUUGUCAAAUGCAUUUUAAAAAUUACAUUUUGUUUACACAUUUUUAAUGUGGAUGGUUUUGAACUUUAAAAAUCGAAUAUCUCAAAACAACAAAAAUGUGACUCUGCCGUUUUUUCCCUUGUGGUCUUCAUUUUGUUCAUAGAUUGAAAAAUAUGUAACAAAGGACUGAAAACCAGUAUACAAAGAAAGACGAUACCAAUGCUAGUGAUACUAAAAUAUUAAAAUUAUUUAUAAUAUUUCUAUAAAAAUACAAAUUAAAAUAUACAGAAAAUAAAAAAACAAUACCACUUUCCAGCUUAGUAAGUGAAAAGAUACAACCUCGAAGAAUACAAAUAUUAAUUUACACACGCAUAAAGAGUAUAGUAUUGCGAUCAUAUAACGUCUCAUAUAUGUCUAGGAAAUAUAGCAAAAAUCUCUACCGUCUAGGAAAGCGCCGGCCUUUUUAUAGGGAUGAAAUCAGAACCCUCUAGUAAAGAAAUUCUAAAAAUUGAGUCACCUGAUAGCAUUCUUUAGGAAAAUUAGAACAUAUUCAAAUGUAAACAACCUUUUUCCAAAUCAAGGGAAAGGCGGGGUUAACACAGCACUACACAUUUAUUUAGUGGUGGACGCUUUAGCUCUAUGUUGAAGUGGGGAAAAAAUAGGUCAAGACAUAAGCUAUACAAUAACAGAAAUAAACUUCAUUUAAGUUUUAUUAGGUCUGAAUCUUAGAGCAUCUAAAAGUACCAUGGUAAAACAAAAUAUUUUUUAUUCCUCAACAUUAUUUUUCAGAGACUGUCACAAAAUAUUAGAGAACAGGAAAUCAGCAACAGACACCCACAGAGUUCAUUUUGAAAGUGGAGUAUGCAUGGGCAUUGGAGCCUUCAAUUUGGUAUUGUUAUAGAUUUUUUUAUCAGUGUUGUUUAUAGAGAAAACCAAUUUCAUUGUGCUUCAUAUGAUCAAACAAAUUUCAUGGUUUAUUUUUUAAUUUUAUGCAAUGACUAAAAUUAGAACUUGUCCAUAGUUCCAUAGUUAAUGUCAAAUGUUUUAAAUUUUAUCAUUUUAAUAUGGUCUCUCCUAAAUACAUAAAGCUAAUAUGGGAAUUGUUGAGCCAAAAGUCAAAUUGGAUUGUCAUUAAACUCCUCGAUGUUGUUCUUUUAGCAUAACUGUGUUAAUCAAUCAUGUUUAUAUAAUAGAACAAUAACUGAACAAGACACAAUGCCAUUUAGUCUGGUGCCAAAGAGAAAUUGGACACUUUAAACCAUCUCUAUAUAUCUAGUAUGUGUCUAGCUAUUUAGUCGGGUGCCAAAGAGAAAUUGGACACUUAAACCAACUCUAUCUAUCUGUGUUUGUGUCUUAUCUAUAAUCUCUUCUUAAAAUUUUAAUUUUCUUUUGUUUAAUAUUUUAAUAUCCAGCUUGAUAAUUAUCUUAUUUUGCUCUCUAUUCCUACAGAUGAUUUCACUUUUACCAAGCAAGAUUAUGAAACUUUUGGAGUUUGUUGGUUUCUCUGGGAAGAAGGUAGAAGUCUCUGAAUAAUUAAUUGAUAGGUGUUUAAAUAUCUUUAACAAAAUAUAUUCAUUUUAUCAUCAUUAACUCAUUCUUGAAGGCAGUGCUACUUCCGUAUGUGAUUUAUAUGCCGGAGCGAGUGAAAUAACUCUGUUUUGCAAUUGAUUUACAUUUGGAAAAGAAAUUUUAAGCUGAUAAAUAUUAAUUAAUAUUAAUGGAUUAAGGGGAGGUGCGGGUGAGAAAUUGACAAAAAUUGCAAAUUUUGAAUAAUUUUUUCUUAUUUAUUUGGUUUUAUUAACCAUUUCUUUAUUAAAUUUUUAUAUAUUUUUUUACAAAAUUAAUUUAAAAAAUUUAAUAAAUUACACAUUUCCUGACCCUACCUAUCAGAAAAAUGUCAAAAUUGCCCUAUUUUUAGUGUUUUACCCCUUUAUUAUGAGUAUUUGGAAUCGCCUAAUCCCUAUGUAUUUGGUAUGGUUGGAAAGAUGGUGAUUUCGGGGUCAAGAUAAAUAAAGCUUACAGUCACAAAGAAAAUUACAAAAGCAAACGAACCUUUCGAUUGCCAGUAAUGUCUAGCAAAAUUUGGUAUUUUCCUGUCCUACUUCGUGUAUCACGUGAUCUAGCCCUGACCUUUGAAUAAAAUAAGCAUUUUGAAUGGUUCCUGUGUAGGAAAUCUGUUUGUAAAGAUCACUUCCAGUAUAAACAAACAGUAUCCAAUUUCGUGAGACCUAGCAAUUUCGAUAUGUAAUUUGUCGGUAAUAAAAACAUUUGAGGAGUUAAAAAACAACUAAAUAAGUAAAUAACCAAACAAAAUGAGUUGGCUUCGAUUAAUUGCCAUAAUAAACACGAUUAAUGCUUCUCCUUUUCGGAGAAGACUAAGACUGAGUACACUAAACUACUAAGACUAAGCCUACUCCUAGUGCUAGUCGCUUCUCAAGUUCAAGCAUCGCUACGCUAUUUCACUAGCAGGAAAAACAUAGAAAAAUACCAUGCCUUGGUAAGUCUUAAAGAUAAAAUCUAUUUUUCACUUAGAUUCAAAUUUAAAGUACGGUAUCAAUUAUUCAUAAGGCUAAGCCUAUACUGUGCUCACUAUAGACCAUUGAAUGAGGGCUAUACUUAUACUUUUUUAUUAUAUAUUUGUAAUAGUAAUAAACACUGUUAUUUUAGUGAUAGUGAUAGUGAACUGUACUAAAAAUAAAACUUAUAUAAACAAUUUAUGAAUUUAGUAAUUGUGACAUUUGACUUACACUGUCCUAUAUUUAUAGCUAUUAAAAUGGUAAUAUUAAAUGUAAUAAAUGUUUCAUUUUUUUAUCGCAUCACAAAUGACAUUGUAAUUAGUGUUAUUUUAUUCUAAAAAAAUAAGAGCCCUAACAAAUUUUGCUUGAAAUACUUGUCAACAAAUAUGAACUAUCAGUCAUUAAUAUUAAUGUCAUUAUAGCCUUAUAUUUUUGUUGAGAAGCAUUCAUUAAAAAUAUCUCACUACAAGUUUAUUGUUUUCAGGAAUGAUUGAGGAGACAUGCAAUGAGUUUGUGGAACGCAAAAAAAACACAACAUGCAUUAUAUUUCCUGUUGAUAAACUACACUGAUCUGUUGUGUCUAGGUCCAUUUAGCCCAAAUGACAAUUUGUAAAUGAAAAAGAAGGAGUGCCCUAAGUAUGUGUUCCAAUUGUUACAGAUUCCUCAUCGCAACAUAUGUUCGAUGCAUCGAAAUAAAAGUAAACUCAGGGAGAGGAUGCAAGAGAAGACUAACACAGAUUACAUCACAAAACUCAUGAUGUGUUAUUCAAGGACAAAAAAAAUAAGACAGUAGUUGAAAGGAACAUAUCAAUAAUUCCCUUAUUUCAACAUUGUAUCUCUAUGCGAUGUGAUUUUCAACAUGACUAGUGUCAAAAUUUGCUACAGUAACUAAUUAGAUUUUACAAUGGAGUUAUUGCUCAUGAGUUUUCUGGCUCACACAAAAAAACUGUUUAUAUGCUUUUAGGAAAAAUACAUGUUGCAACUCAAGUGAUUCAAAAGUUGUGAGAUAGAAAUCAAAAAAUUUACAACUAUCAAUAUUCAUUCGGUCAUUAGAACUCAUAGAACUUACAAUUUUUUUACUAGACCAAGAGUUGCAUUUUCAGCAUACAUGGACAAUGCCAAAUAACUCUUUGGAAUUGCAUAUUUACAUAGCUUAAUUUUAUGGUUUUGCACACUUUUAUAAUUCUGAAAUUCUCCAAAAUAAGCGAAUUAUUUUUUCGACGAAAACAGAAUAAUAGAUAAAAAGAUAUCAAUCACAGUGACAAGUUGAGUGGUCAGGAAAAAAAAAAAAAGUAACUGGAAAAGGAUUAAAAAUGUCCACGAUAGGCUAAUAAAAAGUUUUUAUUCCAAAUCUUGGUAUAAGAUUAUUAUUUUUCAAUGAUAUCUUCAUUGUUUUUGUCAUUUUUCUUUGUUAUUUCAGUUUUCUCGUUUUCAAUAUUUUUGGUCACCAAUAUCCCUAUAACUUUUUUAUUUAUUAGCCAAACCUCAACAAAUUUUCACAGUAUGUUCAAUGAAUGAUAAUAAACAUUUGAAUAACUUAGAAUUAAGAUAACUAUCUUAGAAAAGGAAAUAUGUAAAAAAAGAAUUCAAAAAAGAAUUUUUUGCAUAAAAAAUGGGGUCACAAUUUCUGACCCUGUAUAUUUAUAACCAGUCAUUACAUCAAAAGUCCUGUUAUACAAAGUUUUAUUAUAGAUUAAACAAUCUAUGUUUAAAAUCUGAUAGCAAUAACUUAAUAUUUGUAAAAGCCUUAGUGUUUUAAAAAACACAACAAAAAAAAUAAAAAUGGCGGAGGUUUUUAUGGGCUGCAAAGGCAAACAAUGGAAAUUUUUUUUUUUUUUUUUAAACUGUUUUGUACCUCCAUUACAAUACCAAAUAAAGUGUAGGUAAAAAAAAUACUAUCUAAAGCCAAACAAAAAUUUAUUUUAAAAAACACAAAAAAAAAAAUAAAAAUGGCGGAGUUUUUUAUGGGCUUCAAAGGCAAAAAAUGGAAAUUUUUUUUUUUUUUUUUAAACUGUUUUGUACCUCCAUUACAAUACCAAAUAAGGUGUAGGUAAAAAAAAUCCUAUCUGAAGCCAAACAAAAAUUUUAGAUUUUUCACCCACACCUCCCCUUAAGGAUAGAUGCAUCCAAAAAUGAAUAAGGUUUAAUAAAAAAUAUACCAUAAACUGCACACACAAAAAAAAAAAUGAGCAAAUAUAGAUUUUUGGCACCAGGGAUGAACACAUGGUAGAUAUAGGCGCACCCUACUAAAGCACACAUAGAUUGAAAAUGAAACAUAAUAAAAAAAAUCGAAUUAAAUGGAAAUCAUGCAGAAUCACGUCACUGCCAUCUUGGGAUGCAAGACUUCUUUACUAAUUUAAAAUAAAAUGAGGGAGCUUUGUCAGGAACCCCCAUAUGAGGCAUUUAGUUGCUGCCAUCGGAAAUGAGUUAAUUUGUGAUUCAUGACUUUGGGUUGUCCUGUAUAAAUGAAAAGAAAAACAUUAGCCUCAACCCUCACAGAAGUCCUUAUAUUUACACUUGUUUGAAUUUUUAAAAAGUCUUAAACAAAAAUGAUAAAUUAAGAUAUUGAUCCUAAGAUAUAAAGUUUAAAAAAUCUCAAAGAGAUUCAGUUGUUUUUUUUAAACUUUCAUGUUUGUUUAAAGUUGCAAUUCUGUCCUGAGCAUGCACUCUAGUAUUUACGAAAUGGUAGAAGAUCUAUCCCUGUGAUUUACAUUAAAAGGUAUGGUGUUUAUAUCAAGAGAUGGAUGAGUAAAUAUUUCAAGCUGUAACAUUCUCUGACCAUUUUAAUAUCUAAUUUAUAAUGUCAUGUUUCUCCAGGCACUGGGAUUGACUGAGUUACACAGAGGGUGUGAAUCACGUGUUGGCUUGAGGAGUAAACUUUGUGCAAUAAUGCUGGUGGCUUAUCAUUCACUUAUCACAUACAUUUUAGGUAAACAGUGUUCAGCGUAAUAUGUGCUCAUGCAGUUUUUAUUUGAAAAUGUGUCACCCUCUUUAAGCAGUUCUUUUACCCCUGUAUUUGAAUUUGAAUGAUUAUUUCUACUUAAAUGAUUUAACUAGAGUAUUAAUGCACUAGGCCCACCAGAUAGUUAUCAAAUGGUUGGUAAAGAUCAGUUUUAGGCUCAGUCGUCUACAGUAAGGUCCAAAAUCUUGAAUAUUUUAGUGAUGGUUCUAAUUAUUUAUUUUUAUCUGUUUAAGGGUUAGGCGAUGGUGAUAUAGAUUUAGCUACUGAAGUUCUAAGUCCAUGCCUAAAAGAUCAUCCUAAGGUAACUAUUUCACCAUAGAAAAGAUAUGAAUAAGCAAGAUGUGAAAAAGAACAAAUUUGAUUUUUGGUUUUGAGAUUGGUUUAUUAUUUAUUUAUUUUUAAAAAAAAAUAAUAAUGUUCUGCACUGGGCAUUUUUGGCAUGGAACUAAGGACAUGCAUUUUAUUGAGUUUAGUCUGUGGACAAGGGAGAGUGCCUGUAGACAGAAAACUUGUGUGUAUAUUGUUGUCUUUGUUGUACACACUGUUGUCAUUGUUGUACACACUGUUGUCUUUGUUGUUUACUUGUAAAGAACUUGGCAGUGACAGAGCUAGAACACAAUCCACAUUGGUAAUGGUGGUUAAAUGCUUAUAUUUUUUUACAGACUGGACCUAUUAGCUUUUAUCAUACAUAUGUCAUCUUACCCUCAGGGGGCCCUGUUUUUGUUUUUCUCUGGUCGCCUAGAAGAGGUCAAAGGUCAUAUCGAUGAUGUAAGUUCAAUUCUUAUCUUAUAUUUAUUUCCCAAUUAUUUUUAUGGAAUUCCCCUUUCUUUAAAGAUAAUAAGUUAUCUUAACACUCUGUUGUAGUGCUUCUAGGACCAGGAUUCAUGCACUACUUCACAAAAUUAGCAUUAGUCUUAAUUGACAAAGCUUGCAUGUUGUUUGUGCAAGACAAAAAUAACUAUUUAACGAUCUGUAGUAUUUGUGGCCCAUCCUGGCGUCUGUGGUUUCAUCUCACAUGGCUUUGAUAAAUAAAAGUGGGUGCAAAAAAGAAUUAUGUUUAGAUUGUGAUUUUUAAAGUCUUUAGUGUGUGCCCAGUUAAUUUUGAAUUUAAUUCCAGGCCAUCAACAGAUUUGAGGAAUCAAUCGAUUCUCAAAGUGAGUGGCGUCAGUUUCAUCAUCUUUGUUACUGGGAGCUCAUGUGGUGUCAUUGGUAAGUCUUAAGAUCCAUUAUGUGUUGUUUUAAAAACAACAUAUUUUAUAAGCUUAAGUACAGUGCCAUUUAAUUUGUGGUGAUCCUGGUUUAAAAGCCGGAGUAAUUGAAAAAUGUUUGUUUAGAUGAAGAAUUGUAUGAGGUCAAUGUGCAGCAUGUCAAGGAGUUACGCAGCUAUUUCAAUAGUCCACCCAUGUUAUGUGUAUUUUAUUGCCAUACCUAUGUAUUGUUUCUCACCAAGUUUCAAAAGUGAUUGGCUGAUGGCAAUGAAGUAUGCUGAGAAGCUAUGUAAGGAAAGCCGAUGGAGCAAAGCCACAUACACCUAUCAGAAAGCUUCAUUCCUUGUUAUGUGCUCUGACCAGACAGAGGACACCAAAAAACACAUAGACUACCUAUUUGCGUAUGUAUUUAAUCACUUUAUCAUAUUAUCGGUUAUCUUGAAAAGUAUAUCUCAUAUCAGCAUCCAAUAAACUGUUUAAUUGGUGAGAUACUCUUACAGACCUGUUUACUCCUACGCUCUGACCGGAGUAAUACUUUUGUAAGCCACUGACUACAGCACUACAAUGAGCCUACAUAAACCAUGGUUUCAUGAGUUUUUCUGGGGGGUUUUUGUGUAAAAAUUUGCUGUUUUCUGUAAAAGUUACUAUGUAAGUAAUCAAAUGACAAUGAUUGGCCUUUACUGUCUUGAUCAAAUCUCCAUGAGCCAACCAGGAUACUUUUCUUAUAGUGGGUAUGUUAAUUGUUAAUGCUUAAUACUACUUUAUGUCACACUGUUGCUGUGCUUUCAACUGGAUUUGGCCUCAAUGCCUUUAUGCCUUCAUUACGCAUGUGCUUUACAUGUUUCGGAUGUCUUGGUACUUUAAAAAAAAAAUGAAAUUUCGUACCGUACGUUAAAUGCUUUGACAAAUCAGAACUUUUUUUUCUGUUCAGUCGACUCAUCAACAGAUUUAGGGUUAAGUCAAGUGUCAAACACAGUCAAUAUUUAUUUUAAUGUAGAUUUUCUAGUUUUUAAUCAUUAAGGUAGCCAUUUUAGAAAACUAUGUGCCAUGUCAUCAGCAUCAGCAUAUGCAAGAUACUGAAGGGGUUGGUUGUAGAGAGUGCCUAUUGGUUUUAGAGAGUGCCUAUUGGUUCUAGAGAGUGCCUAUUGGUUCUAGAGAGUGCCUAUUGGUUCUAGAGAGUGCCUAUUGGUUCUAGAGAGUGCCUAUUGGUUCUAGAGAGUGCCUAUUGGUUCUAGAGAGUGCCUAUUGGUUGUGGGUUUUGGAUUUCCCUCUUGGAUUUUCUUUUCUUGCCAAAUUUUAGUUAUAAGUUUAUGUGUAUGAGCGUGUAGUUCUCUUCCUCUGUAUUUAAUAAGUUCUGCUGUGAUGAGGUCUUCUCCCGGGGCUCUGUGGUUUUAGAUAGAUGGGAUUACUUCUGUAGUUUUUUUUACCGAAUUUGGGGAGUUUAUUAAAAGGUGGUGGUUGAAAAUCUUCAUCUUUUCUAUUGUCUGCGUUUAACAUUCACUCAGCCCACCUCUCCAGUGCUUUACUAUUUUCCGUAAUUAAUUCUCCACCCUAGCUCUCACACAUUUAUCUUCAUGUACAUUCCUCUAAUUUUUCCCUUUCUUGAUAAGUCUUCUAUUUCUUUUAGUUUAGCUUCUUCCCAUUCCCUUUUUUUUCUCCUACACAUUUGUGUGGCUUUCCUUCUGGCUUCAUUGUAUAUUUGUCCCAUAACCCUAUUUCUUGUUUCCCUUUGUAUCUGACCUUUUGUGUCUUCGGUGGGAGCAUGAAUAUUUAUAAAUGUUAUAUUAAACAUUUUCCCUCGAAAAUGCAAAGAUCACAAUCGUUAAUUUUCUGGUUUACACCUUUAACUUCUCCGACGAGUUCUUUCUUCACAGCAAAUCCUGUUCCAAGAGUGUAGGUGUUGUUGCGACCAUAAAAUAUGGUGUAGUGUUUUAUCUUGAGGAUGUCUGCAUUUUUCUAUCAAAUUUCUUGCAAAGCACCAAUAGAGAUUUUAUAAUUAAUUAUUUGAUCUAUCAAAUUGGCUAAGGCUCCUGCUCUAAACAGGCUUAGUACAUUCCAAGUCGCUAUACAAAAAUCAUAUCCAGGCAUGGGUGGAUUUCCAUUAUAAUCGUCCGGGUUUUAUUUUGUUGUUUGGCUUUCAUAACAUUUAUUUUUUUACCUGGCCGGGUUGUUGGCCCAGCACAAAACUGUCUGGGGGCGCUGCCCCUUACAGCUCUCUUGGUAGUUGCCUUAAUUUUUGGGUAAGGUUCCCUAGCCUUUGUGAUCCCUUCACUUCCUACAAGGCGGUAGGUUCUGAUUUUGGUCAGCCUAGGGUAUUCUACUUCCCAAGUACCCACCAUAUCCGGUGGGCUUUCCCCUAUCCGCCACCUGGGGAGGUGCUCAAUGGAAGAUCAAUAUCUUCACAGAGGCAUGAAUUUUAGCUUAGAUCUGCCUAUCAGUCAAGCAAGUCUGUGCAGUCAGUGCCUUUUGAGCUGUCUGUGCAGUCAGUACCUUUUGAGCUGUCUGUGCAGUCAGUACCUUUUGAGCUGUCUGUGCAGUCAGUACCUUUUGAGCUGUCUGUGCAGUCAGUGGCUUUUGAGCUGUCUGUGCAGUCAGUACCUUUUGAGCUGUCUGUGCAGUCAGUACCUUUUGAGCUGUCUGUGCAGUCAGUGGCUUUUGAGCUUGCCUUUUCUGCAUGCCUAAGAAACAAAACUAAAACUUGGGAUUAUAUCCGGUAUAUUUAUCUGUGCAAAUAUUUGAUAUAUUAAAAUAUUUGCAUAUGUAUUGCCAAUUAUAGCAAGUACAACCCCCCCCCCUAAUUGCCCUAACAACAUUUUAACAUUUUUGAGAGCUGAAUACUUCUGUAACACUACUUGGGGGUAAACAGGUCUGCUCAUAUGUCUCAAUGUUGUUUUUCUGGCUGAAAAUUUAAAGAAAUGAGAUUUGAACAUUUGUUAAGUUAUUUUUUUUGCUAGACUUUUGUUUCAACUUUAAUUACUGAGAUAAAGUUUUGAAAUAUCUCUUGUUAACUUGAUGAAUUGUUUUCGCUACUGUAAAGGUGUUUGUGUAAAGGGCUGUUUGUGUAAAGGGCUGUUUGUGUACAGGCUGUAGUGCGGAUGUUUUUAUAAGGGGCUGUGUAUGUAAGGGCUGUUUGUGUACAGGUUAUAAUUUAGGGAAUUUAUGGACAUUCUGUUUAUGUAUGGGUUAUUUAUGUAAGUGCUGUUCAUAUGAGGGUUGUUUAUGUUAGGGCUGUAUAUGUAAGGGUUUUUUCAAACAUCAUUGCAGUAUUAACAUAUUGCUUAUUUUUGGCUAGAUCCCCGUCUAUAUAACAAGAUAACAUGAAUGAGAAUUAGACACAAUGUUUAAAUGAAAAACUUUUUUUUCAGUGAUGUUCCACGACUGAAGCAGAGAAUUGCUGGCAAGUCCCUGCCGUUUGAGAAGUUUGCGGUUGCAAAAUCCCAGCGUUACUUUCAGCAAGGCAACACUCUUAUCCUACCAGCAUUAGUGAGUACCUAAGACAAGAUCACUUUUUUUUAUCAUCUCCAGCAUUAGUGAAUACCUAAGAAAAAUCCAAACAAAGAUCAUUUUUUAUGAUUAUAAUGUUUCUAUGACUGCAUAUUUAUAAAAACACAUAGAUUGAACAUUCUAUGUUUGAACUUAAAUAUUUAUUACAUAAGCGUAUUUCUCAUGGGAAAAGUCAAACCACUCUCUUUAAUGUCAUGCUGCCUUAAGAACUAUUAUGCAAUAGAACUGCUAGAUCUUAACAGAUUAUGUAACAAAUGAGUUUGUAUAUCUUUCUGCCUUUGAUGACAUGUUACACAAUUCACCCACUUGGUGUAGAUCUUAAAUUGCUGUUAUGUGGUGCUUGUGACGUAUCCUCCAAAUAGUUGUAGUCUCACAAUUUUAAAACAAUUGCCUUUAAGUAUUUCAUCAAGUGAUGGUAAGUUUAUGUUUAUCUGUGACUUGUUGUGGAUUGAUAAUUCCUGAGGAGUUCCCAUACCGGCAGUGUCAACUGUUUGACACAAUAGCAAUUAAAAAUGACCUGCAUGUGAAAACUUAUGUUUAUAGAGCUUACACAGCAGAGGAGAUUCUCUUAGUAUUUUUGCACAAAAAAAUAACAUGGAUAUGUCUAACAGUUGAUUUGUUUGUUUGCUUAGCACUGAAGAGUAACAAUGAAAUAAUAUGUUAACUACUAUUUCGUUUGUCACAUAAUCCCAACACUAUUAUAUGUCAUUUAUCACAUAAUCUCAACAUUAUUAUAUGUCAUCUGUCACAUAAUCCUAACAGCAUUAUUUAUCCUUUGUCCCAUAAUCCAAACACUCUUAUCCAACAUGAUUUUAUUUCAGGAGCUGAUCUAUGUUUGGAAUGGCUAUAACAUAGUUGGUAAGAAUCAGGAGCUGCUGGAGAAAAUGUUGGUAGUUAUAGAAGCAACUGUUACAGACAUAGCCAGCAAGAAAGGUCAGUCCUUUUUUUGUUCAAGAAAGAUUGUAUUUAACCAUCAUGAAAUUACCCAACCUGGAAAAUGGUCUUUUAUUUAACAACCUGGCAAAUGGUCUUUUAUUUAACAACCUGGCAAAUGGUAUUUUAUUUAAAAACCUGGCAAAUGGUCUUUUAUUUAACAACCUGGCAUAUGGUUUUAUUUAACAAUGUGGCAAAUGGUCUUUUAUUUAACAACCUGGCAAAUGGUCUUUUAUUUAACAACCUGGCAAAUGGUCUUUUAUUUAACAACCUGGCAAAUGGUCUUUUAUUAACAACCUGGCAUAUGGUUUUAUUUAACAACCUGGCAAAUGGUAUUUUAUUUAACAACCUGGCAUAUGGUUUUAUUUAACAACCUGGCAAAUGGUCUUUUAUUUAACAACCUGGCAAAUGGUCUUUUAUUUAACAACCUGGCAUAUGGUCUUUUAUUUAACAACCUGGCAUAUGGUCUUUUAUUUAACAAAGUAUAUUGGGGUUUUUUGUUGGGGUUAUUCUUUUUACAUGUUUUUUUUUUUUUGACAUAAAAUUUUUCCAAACUUAACACCUGCCCCAAUUAAAAGGCACCAUAUGUAAUUACUGCAUAUAACGAGAUCCAUUUAUAAUGGGAUGUGUUCAUCUUUUUCCAUAUUAAUACCAUAUGUAUGAACGAAAACAUUUAUUUAUAAGAAAAAAUUUUAAAUCUUUAUAAUUAUUAUAAUAUUUAAAAAGAACUGUGCUAAUAUCCUGUCAAUGGGCAAAACUUACAUUACGAGUUACUGGUGAUACACAAAGAAUUCUGUCACCAAAUUCAAGUGAACCAAGAAGAUUGUUUUUAUAGGCAUUAGAAUCGAUCGUUUAUGUGUAUUAAAAAUUUGUUACAUCUGCAUUGAUUGAGAACACCUAGUUUUAAGUUGCAUUUUUUAUCAUAUAUUUCUUGCAUUACACGCAAUAAUAUACAGUAGCAGACUGGUUGUACAGUAAAACCUGUCAGAAUUUUAAGGGACCCGAUUGAAAAUAUAUUAUACAUUCCUGUAGUAUUUCUGAUUAAAUUUUGUUUUUUAAUACAUUUUCGGCUGUUACUUUUAGCUCCUCUCUACAUCCAGCGGUGAAUGGAUUGAGAAAUAUGAUUAUUUGGGGCCAUCUAUAAUUAUAUUACGUUUGCCCUGAGAGGGGAAGGUGGUAAUGUUGAAUUAGGAGAUUUUGUGUACGGGUGUGUCGGGGGGGGGGGGNGGGGGGGGGGGGGGGGGGGAGGGGUGUCUAAAUAUUUAAGUCUAUAAAAACAGCCCACUCACGGUUUGUAAUGAUGAUGAUGAUGGUCAUAUUGUUUCUUUGUGUUUUCAUAAUGAAAUUGCAUGACACAGCAACAGUAAUUUUAGCACUGUCACCCUGGUGACAAUUUUGGUAAAUCCUGUUUUUUGUUGGUUUUUUUGGCUUCAGUGCUAUGCAACAUAAUUUUACGACAUAAUUAUUUCAUUUGGCUCAACAGCGAAGAGUGUAAAAACAGAGAAAACUAGUUAUUUUUAAAUGCAUACUCAGCUGUUCCUCACAGCAACUUUGGAUUUCAAUUGUAAUACCGCCAUUUAUUAUUUAUUGUAUAGAUUGAGUUUUGUGCUCCAACUGUUUAUCCAACAAGUUUUAUUUUUUUGGCAUUUUUCUUCCACAGACCUUGCAGCUACUGACAAGUUUUACUAUGACAACUACAGCCUGGCAUUAUUGCUUAAAGGAGUUUGCCAGCGACACAGGGGUCAGUUGUUUCAAGCUGAGCAGUGCUUUAUUGAGGUUGUUGCAAAGUAAGAUGAUUUUCUUUUCAUUUAUCUAGCUGCACCAGAGCUUUCUACUGAAUUUACUAUGAGAUUAUAUGGAAGUUUUUUUAAUUCUUUUAAAAUCUUUAUUUUAUCAUUUUAUUUUUCUAGAUGUAAGAAAAAAAAUCUAAGUGUAAAAUAUUUGAUCAGUUAUAUUUUUCUGUAUUUUUGUUUCAGAAAUGUUUUCAUGCAAUAAUUUUUUAACUUUCUUUCUUAAUAUUGUGUCUGUCUAGUGAGAAAAAAUUGCAUAGUGACCACUACCUGGUACCCUACAGCAUUGUUGAGCUGGCCAUUCUGUAUCUCUAUCAGGAGAGAUUUGAUGAGACUAAGAAACAGCUGGACUUGGCCAAGUAAGAGUUUUAUCCUCUUCUACCCCCAGGCUAAGUAUAAUAUAUUUUGAUGUAAUUUAAUAAUAUUAUUGACUCUGACUGAUGAUACAUGAUUGUUUAAUUACUUAUUUUAUGUGAAUCCAAUUUUUCCAAUCUUUUACCACAAUUAAGAACAAAAACCUGGCACUUACAUUUUAAAUGUUGUAGCUAUAUUUAGCCAUAAGCUGAAAAUAAAUAUAAAUGAUGUCAUCAUAAUUCCAUUUAUUAGGAUCAAUAAAAUAUCUGAUAUCUCACAAGUACCACUUCUGUUAAUGGAAAGCAAUAUAAAAGUUAUUACUAUCACUUCUGUUUACAGAAAGUAAUAUAAAAGUUAUUAUUAUCACUUCUGUUUACAGAAAGUAAUAUAAAAGUUAUUACUAUCACUUCUGUUUACAGAAAGUAAUAUAAAAGUUAUUACUAUCACUUCUGUUUACAGAAAGUAAUAUAAAAGUUAUUACUAUCACUUCUGUUUACAGAAAGUAAUAUAAAAGUUAUUACUAUCACUUCUGUUUACAGAAAGUAAUAUAAAAGUUAUUACUAUCACUUCUGUUUACAGAAAGUAAUAUAAAAGUUAUUACUAUCACUUCUGUUUACAGAAAGUAAUAUAAAAGUUAUUACUAUCACUUCUGUUUACAGAAAGUAAUAUAAAAGUUAUUACUAUCACUUCUGUUUACAGAAAGCAAUACAAAAGUUAUUACUUAGAGAACCGCCUCCACUUCCGUAUCCAUGCUAUCCGCCUUCAACUUAAAACUGCCAUGAACAGUGACAGUGACAACCAGUCCCUGACAGAGCUAGCAGCUCCUGAUGCCAAGGUCAGUCCUCUGGCAAGUGAGGAAACACUCUCCUGGGGAGAGGAAGAUUUUGUUGACGCCCGUGAUGCAACCAAGUGACCCUAGGUCAACGUGUUCAUUAUUUUAUUUUCGUUCAUAUAUUUCUACCAUGACGACUAUUUUUUUUAGUUCAUUCACAUGUUCAGCAAAAAAAAAAAAAAAUUUUAAUUAUGUUUGUUAUACAGAUUGUGUUAUUUGGAGAGGGAUUUAUUGUGAAAAUACAUUUGAAAAUAUUCUGUGUAAUAUAUUUUGUGAUAGGUGUGAAACAGAUAUAAAGAAGAAUUUUAGGGAAGAACAAGAAUCAAUUUUUAAUAAAUUUAUGUUAUUUAUCCUCAAGUUCAUUUCAUUUUUAUGCAAAUUGAGAUGUCAUUGAAAUACAAUGGUAUUUUUUUAGUAAAACUUGCUGCAAUGAUAAAAUGGCAAACCUUAUGCUAAAAACAUAUUGACAAAAUUUGCAAUGAAACAUAUCCAAGUGCUUGAUUCUAAAUUUAAGGUCUUUUUUAACGUUGAAAAGAUUUUGAAUGUAACAUUGAACAAACCAAUAAUGAACUCUGGAGCUAAUUUAUUAGUUCAGUGGUCCCCAACAUUUUUUACUCACGGAGCCCAUUUUUAGAAUCAAUUUCUACGGGGGAGCCCCUUUAACCUUCCAUGUGUCUUACAAGUUAAUUGUGUUAGGUGGUUUCUUGGGCAGUCGCAUCUCCCC